AUGGGAUGUAAUGAGUCAGUCCUGAUACGCAUACUCACCUCGCCCAAGUAUGAAAAUCCUUGGGCGAUAGCCCAGCUCGUAGGUGAUUAUAACAAGCGCUUCAUUCGUGACUUAGCCAAGGAUAUCGAGAGCGAGACACGUGGGAGCGUGGAAACUGCUCUCCUUGCUUUAAUACGAGGACCGCUUGAGCAAGAUGCGCGAGUUCUAAUCAAGGCUCUUGAUCGGGCCGGUACGGACGAAGAUGCUCUCAUGGAUGUUAUUCUGUGCCGGUCGAACGCAGAUAUUCGCGCAAUCAGCGCCGAGUACAAGCGAAUCAAGGGCAAUGAGCUCCUAGUAGAUAUCAAAGACGACGUGGAUGACACGUUAUUCCGUCUCUAUAGCAUGGUGCUAUCUGCCACACGUGCCGAAGACGCGGCACCCGUAAUCGCUGCGGAGAUCGACCACAAAUUGACAGAGCUACAGCGGGCCACAGAAGGCACAAUCGGCGCCAAUGCCAUUGCUGUGGCACAGAUCUUCACGAAUUGUAACGCCGCGCAGCUCCACGCCCUCUGUGAGGCGUACCAGCGGAAGUAUCACCGCUCGCUCGAGGAAGUAAUCGAAAAAGAGUUCCGUGGCGAUAUGGAGGACGCGCUGCUCUACGUGUUGGAAAAUGCCGUCGACCGAGCACGCUUCGACGCUAGACGGCUAGAGAAGCCUUUAUAUAGAACGCCGCGCAAGGACCGAUUGUUGAUCAAUAGGGUCGUCAGCCUGUACUGGGACCGACCACGUCAAGAAGCAGCCAAAGCCGCGUACCAGAGAUACUCUGCGGCCAGGACCUCGUUGCGUGCUGCUUUCAGAGCCAUACUGGGUGGAGACUAUGAGGAUUUGAUGAUUGCGUUGAUUCGCGAAAGUAACGAGCAGCUACUUAAAGUGUUGUGA